ACUUGUGACAAGAAACAGCUGUUUCUUAAAAAAUAAAAAUAAACAACAAAGCAAAUAACAAAAAAUAAACUGGAUAUUUAACAAAACAUAUUCCUGGAAAGCCUCCAUUUAAAACGUUGUUUCUGUAUAGCUAAUAAUGACAAGCACAAAUAGAUCUACUGACUUACCAGGUAACACUGAAGAUGAUGAGCUAACUCUACCUAGAGCCAGCAUCAACAAAAUGAUCAAAGAACUUGUUCCAUCUGUUCGUAUUGCCAAUGAAGCUAGAGAGCUAGUGCUUAACUGUUGUACAGAGUUUAUUCAUUUACUUAGUUCUGAAGCAAAUGAAAUCUGCAACCAAUUAAACAAGAAAACAAUCAAUGCCGAACAUGUUUUAUUGGCUCUUGACAAACUAGGAUUUAGUGAUUAUCAUGCCGAAGCUGAAGCGGUGUUAAAAGAUUGCAAAGCUGUAGCUGCCAAGAGGAGAAGGCAAAGUACCAGGUUAGAAAAUCUAGGCAUUCCAGAAGAAGAACUGCUAAGGCAACAGCAAGAGUUAUUUGCAAAAGCUAGACAGGAACAAGCAUAUGCUGACCAGCAACAGUGGGAACAGUUACAAGCAGCCGCUCAAUUAGCUCAGCAAAGCCAUCAGUCUGUUGCUUCAAAUAGUGAUGACCCUGAUGACUACUGUUAGGUAUAGAAUUCGCUAAUGGUAUUUGUGUUUGUAUGAUAAUAUUAAAACAAAAAAACAUUUUAAUAAUAAAACAUGAAAGACUAGAAAUAAA